UAAAACAUCAGGAAGUACGGAAGACAGGCGAAGACCGAAACCCCACAGGUUGAAGUUUUACUCGCAGGUUUUGCCUUAUUUAACAGGUUCUUUACGGAGUAUCUUUAAAAUUUUCAUCGUCUAAUUGUUGGAUAUACGAAGAGACGCCUCAAGAUGCCGUCAAUGGAAAACCAUCUCUUCAAUCUGAAGUUUGCCGCCAAAGAGCUUAACAGAAAUGCUGCAAAAUGCGACAAAUUGGAAAAAGUAGAGAAGGGUAAAGUUAAAAAGGCCAUCCAGAAGGGGAAUAUGGAAGUAGCAAGAAUCCAUGCAGAGAAUGCCAUCAGACAGAAGAACCAGUCUGUGAACUUCUUAAGGAUGAGCGCUCGGGUUGAUGCAGUGGCAGCAAGGGUCCAAACUGCAGUUACAAUGAACCAGGUGUCAAAAUCUAUGGCUGGAGUGGUGAAAGGAAUGGACAAAGUCCUUUGUUCCAUGAAUCUGGAAAAGAUUUCAGCUCUCAUGGACAAAUUUGAGCACCAGUUUGAAACCCUUGACGUUCAGACAUCCCAGAUGGAAGACACCAUGAGCAGCACUACAACACUCACAACACCACAGAACCAGGUGGACUCUCUGAUGCAUGAAAUGGCUGACGAAGCAGGACUGGACCUGAACAUGGAGCUUCCUCAGGGACAGACUGGAUCAGUGGGUACCAGCGUGGCCUCUGCAGAACAGGAUGAACUGUCCCAAAGACUCGCCAGACUCAGAGAUCAAAUGUAAAAGACGAAUGUGGAGGACUCACACCUUAACGCAGUGGCCUGGAGUGCCCUCACACUACCUGAAUAUUUUACUCCCAAAUAUUGUUUAUUCACAUUUUGUCUUUCCUUCCCUCUUUAUCUCAUUUGUGUCUGUAGAAGAUCUACUGAUCGUGACUUCUUCUUAUUCUGUGACUGUUUUAUUCAUUCAGUACCAUUCUGUAAACUAACACUGAUGAUGGUGAUGGAAAAAUUAUAUAUAUUUACACAGUUACCUAUGAGAAAGCUAAAAACAGAAUCGUUUCAUUUGUGUACUUGAGGACGCACCAUUUUGAAGUGAGCCUCUGUUGAAGGCAAAGUUGAUAUACUUGUGGUGUAUUAGCUCAAAAAUGUUCACCACAGAAUUUGACAUUUGAUUCUUCUGUGCAUUACUACAUGUGCAUAUGUGUAUGCGUUUUGUCCUGGAGUGUGACAGACCCCGCUCUUCACUCUUAAGUUGACUUGUGUUGAUUUGUUGUGUUUCUGACAAAUACUCUGCAAAGAUAUGACUGAAGGAUCAGCUUGUGUGUUUGCCUGAUCAUCAAUGAUUUCACCAAUCAUUUGGGAAUCAGUUACACUUCUGGGGUUUCUUCAGUUAGUGAACAAUAAAAUUUUAUAAUACUUUUA